UAAAGUUAACAGCACACGACACCAUCGACACACCAUCUUUCCAUCUGCUUGUUCUCAUCGCCUCAAGAAGCUUUGCGUUGUAUACGUUCGACCGGCCGCAAGAUGUGGAUGAGGAAGAAGGCGGCGACGACGAGGCCGGCGGCCAGGAGGAGGGCGCCGACGUCGCUAGAGGCGCUGUGGCGGCGCGUGGUCGGGCCGGCCCGCGGCGGCAAGACCAAAAAGACCAAGACCAAGAAGAGCAAGAUCGGGUCGCUCUCGCGCGCGUUCCGGGUGUUCUCCUGCGUCCGCGGCCAUGGCAAAGGGAGGAUGGCUGCGCGCGCAGCGCGCCGGUACUGAUCGGUCUGGGACGCGCACGGCCGCCGUCCGGGCGCCGACAGUGUUGCAGCUAGCGGCUGCGAGUCUUCGUCGUAGCUGCGCAUCACAAAUUGUAUGUUUAACUUUGUAGAUCCUGUAUCCACGUGUAUUUUUUUUUCUUUUGCGGGGGCUGUAUCCACGUGUUGUUUGUAAAAGAAAAACAUAUCCGUGUUUCCGUUCGAAAAGAGGAAGUUAAGUGCGUUUUGUAA